AAAAAAAACUGUUCAAAUAAGUGGAUAAAUGCAUUGUUUUGCAAUGCAAAUGAGUUUUAUAAUCCAAUCUCUUUAGCAUAUGAAUACUUUCCAGUACAUCCCACAUUUACAUAACCUUUUCUUGCUUUGUUUUUAUAUCAGUCCAAAUGGGAACUGAAUUUCCUUAGGGAUACUAUAGACUUUUACAUUUCAAAGAUCUUUCAGGAUACACUCAAAAAAUGAUCUAAAAGAAAUUUCCCUCCAGUGUAAAACGUACACCUUAGAACUGAAUGAACACAUCUCAUACCUUGUGGUUAGACUGAGAAGAGAUCUUGCGCCCACUUGGGGCUACAGGUUCCAACUUCCCAGCAGAGCGAAGGGCUUGGGAGGCCACAGGAUUUUGUAAACUGUGAUAUGAGUCGGGGUGGGGAAGCGCCGGGUGGAAGAUCAAAGAUCAGAGUGGAGUCAGUCUAAUUAUUACAUAUGGGGAGGUGACUUUUAAGUAUCUCUGUCCGCAAAGAAGGGUCACAGUUCCUCAAGUGGCCUCGCAGGAAGAAAUUUCAAUAGAAAGUCCCGGGAGAGGACUAGGUCCAGCUCCCGGUCAGCUCAGAGACGAAACGUCUGUCCCGCUGUCACUCAAGAGCGAGGGGGCGGGGGUUUUGAACUGUCCAAUCAGGGUCGGCGCCGGGGCAGGUGGGUGGGGCGAGUCUCUGCGCCCACCCCCUACUUCCUGUCCCUCCACGAUCCUUCAAGAUUGAGGUCGCCUGUCCUUAAAGGCCCCACGUUGCUCUGCGACUGACUUUGUCUCACUGUUACCUGUGCUGAAUUAUAGGAAGGACUCAGGGGACCCAGGACACUCAGCAAUGGACUCACUGGCCAUUGAGGACAUUGCUGUGAGCUUCACCCCAGAGGAGUGGGCUUUACUGGAUCCUUCACAGAAGAAACUCUACAGAGAUGUGAUGUGGGAAACCUUCAGGAUCCUGGCCUCAGUAGGGAAAACAUGGGCAGAUCAUGAUAUUGAGGAUCAGUCCAAAAACCAGGGUAGAAAGAAAAGAAGUCCUAUGGUAAAGAGAUUCUCUCAAAGUGAAGAGGGUAGUCAAUGUGGAGAAAAUUUCAGCCUUAUUCCAAAUCUCAAUGUGAACAAGAAAACUACAGGAGCAGAACCAUGUGAAUGCAGUGCAUGUGGAAAAGUCAUGCAUCGUUCAUCCAUUGAAAGGCAAGUUAGAUGUCACACUGAACACAAACCAUAUGAUUAUCAAAAAUAUGCAGAGAAGCCAUAUGUACGUAAGGAAUGUGAGAAAGCCCUCCCUUUUCCCAGUUCUCUUCAAAUAUAUGAAAGUACCUAUAGUGGAGAGAAACCAUAUAAAUGUCAAAAAUGCAGUAAAGCAUUCACUUCUUCCAGUUCUCUUCGAGUCCAUGAAAGAAUUCAUACAGGAGAGAAACCCUAUGAAUGUAAGGAAUGUGGAAAAGCCUUUACAGCUCCCUCAAGCCUUCGAUCACACAUGAUCUUUCACACUGGAGAUGGACCUUAUAAAUGUAAGGCAUGUGAGAAGGCAUUCAUUUCGUCCAGUGCAAUUCAAAUACAUGAAAGGAGACACACUGGAGAGAAACCCUAUGAAUGUAAACAUUGUAGUAAAGCAUUCACUCAUCCCAGUACACUUCGAAUGCAUGAAAGAACUCAUACUGGAGAGAGACCCUAUAAAUGUAAGGAAUGUGGGAAAGCCUUUAUUGCUCUCACAAACCUUCGAGUACACAUGAUCACUCACACUGGAGAUGGACCUUAUAAAUGUAAGGAGUGUGAGAAAGUGUUCAUUUAUCCCAGUUUAUUUCAAAUACAUGAAAGGAGUCACACUGGAGAGAAACCCUAUGAAUGUAAAGAAUGUGGGAAAGCCUUCAGUUUGUACACUAACUUGAAAAAACACAAAAGAACUCACACAGGAGGGACACCCUAUGUAUGUAAGGAAUGCGGUAAGGCUAUUAUUUCUCUUAAACUUUUCCAAAUACAUGAAAAAAGUCACACAAGAGAGAAAUCCUAUGAAUGUAAAGACUGCAAUAAAACAUUCACUUGUCCUAGUUCUCUUCAAAUACAUGAAAGAACUCACACUGGAGAGAAACCCUAUGAGUGUAAGGAAUGUGGGAAAACCUUUAUAGCUCCCUCAAACCUUCGAUCACACAUGAUCUUUCACACUGGAGAUGGACCUUAUAAAUGUAAGGAGUGUGAGAAAGCAUUCAUUACUCCCAGUUCACUUCAAAGACAUGAAAGGAGUCACACUGGAGAGAAACCCUAUGAAUGUAAAGAAUGCAGUAAAGCCUUCAGUUGUACCAGUUCUCUUCGAAAACAUGAAAGAACUCAUACUGGAGAGAAACCCUAUGAAUGUCAAAAAUGCAGUAAAGCAUUUACUUCUUCUAGCUAUCUUCGAGAACAUGAAAGAAUUCAUACUGGAGAGAAACCCUAUGAAUGUAAGGAAUGUGGGAAAGCCUUUACUGCUCGCUCCAGCCUUCGAUCACAUAUGAUGCUUCACACUGGAGAGAAACCCUAUAAAUGUAACGAAUGUGAGAAAGGAUUCAUUUAUCCCAGAUUCCUUCAAAGACAUGAAAGAAGUCACUCUAGAGAGAAGCCCUAUGCAUGUUAAGAAUAUGGAAAAGCCUUCAGUUCUCAUCAAGGUUUCCAAAUUCAUAAAAGAAAUCAUACUGGAAAGAAACUGUAUGAAUGCGAAAAAUGUAGUAAAGUGUUUAAUUUUCCCAGUUCUCUUUGAAGAUAUGAAAGAACUCACACUGGAGAGAAACCCUAUGACUGUCAGGAAAGAAGGAAAGCUUUUAUUUCUCAUGGAAAAUUUGAAGAUAUGCAACAACGCACAAUAGAGAAAAAAACAUAUAUAUGUAAUGAAUGUGGGACCCUUGUCAUCUGAGUUCUUUCUGAAGGGAUAAAAGGAGUUACUUGAUAAAAACUUCUUGAAUGUAAACAGUAUGGGAAAGACUUCAAUUGGCCUACAUCUUUCUAUGUGAAACUCUCACCAAAAAAUAUAUAUAAAUGUAAGAAAUAUGAAAAAGCUUGAUGUAAAUUAACUUGUGUAUAAUGUUCUAGAAAACUUUCAACAUGAAAGAGUUGUUAUAAAUUUGUAAAUAUACUGUGUUUAGCAAGCCUCUUUCUUAAAGUGCAA